GUUAAAAGUAAUCAAAUCUUAGAAAGAUAUAAUUCAAAUUAUAAUAGAAGAUUUUGAUCAAAAUUAAAUACCGAAAGUCUAUCCCAUCCCAUGAUUAUAUUAUAGGGAGGAAUGAAAGGUGCGGUUGCAGGUUUUGGAUUAUUGAGGUUGCAGCUUUCGUGGGGUUUUGCUUCAGUGCACCUCUGAAAAUAUCAUUAGUGGUUACCAUUGCAAGUCAAUAUGGAGAAAUCUAUGGCUGUCAAAGUCAGCGACAAUAUACAUGACGAUAUUGCGUUUGCCAUUCUGUCAAAACUCCCUCUCAAAUCGUUGAGAAGAUUUGAAUGCUUACGUAAAUCAUGGUCUCUUUUAUUUGACAAUCCUCAUUUCAUAACCGUGUAUCGCAAAAAUUUCUUAUCUAAAUGUCCCUCUUAUGACGACGAGGCAUCUUUCCUCAUAUAUAUCCAUGGUGGCAAGCGGCUGUAUUCUCUUUUUGGCGAGAGGUUUGAGAAUAUGGUCAGGUUAGACCGGCCAAAUAUAGUUUCACGUCAAUACACAAAUUUAACAUUUUUGGAUUUCAGUAGUGUUAAUGGCGUACUUUGUUUCACAGAAGGCACAGGAAACAAAGUUGUAUUGUGGAAUCCAACUACCAAGGAAUUCAAUGCCAUUCCUCCAAGCCCUUUUGAGUCGUUUUCCCCGCCUGCUGAGCUUAAUUUUAAGGCUGCAAUUGAGUUUCGUGCUAAUCCUAUUCUACAUGGAUUUGGUUACGACUGUGUUAGAGAUGACUAUAAGUUGAUUCGUCAUACAUGUAUUGAUUAUUGCUUUCCAGACAGUAGUGAUCUCCUUAUUGGCAUGCCAUCUGAUAGAGAUUUAUCGUUGUUGCAAGAUAAAUCUUUAAACCCAUUUUGGGAGAUUUAUAGCCUAAGAAGCAACUCUUGGAAUAAACUUGAUGCUGAUAUGCCUCGUUGCCGUCAGUAUUGUAAUGGUUUUGUGACUAAUGGAGUGAAUACUGAUGGAGUGUGUCAUUGGUUGCAUUUAGAUAGUGAAAAUAAUUAUGUUGGAGCAUGUUUGAUAUCAUUUAACUUGAGGAAUAUGGUGUUCACUAACACACUCAUUCCCUCAUUCAUUGGAGCGAACUGGGCAAAAUUGAUGGUGUUAAAUGGAUCGAUUGCUUUGAUCACAUAUCACGAGAAGAUAACUACUUUUAACAUAUCAGUUUUGGGUGAACUAGGUGUCAAGGAAUCAUGGAUCAAACUUUUCAUUGUUGGACCACUGCCUUGCGUUCAUAUUCCUAUUGGAGUGGGAAAGAAGGGAGAAAUAUUCUUAAGAAAAAAAGACGAUGAACUAGCUUGGAUUGAUUUAAAUACCAACACAAUUGAGGAGCUUGGUUUCAAAGGAAAUCGAUAUAAUUGGAGAGGUCAGAUUGUAACUUAUACCAAGAGUCUUCUUCCGAUCGAAAGAAUAAGCUAUUAAUUUUUAUUUUUCUUCUUGUUUUCAAUUAAGAAAGAGAUGUAUGGUUGUUACUUUCGAGAUUUUACCUUGUACACAAAUUGGCUUGUGAAUUACACAUGCCACAAUUGCUAUAUGUUUGGUUGUGUUAAA